AUGUAUUUUGGAGAAUCGUAUCAUUGUUUCUUCUCUGAAAUUCCUCCAGAAAAGCCUUUUCAAGCUAUUGCCUUUUUAGAAGAGUUAUUACUUGAACAUGUCUUGUCGUGUUUUGAUAUUGUUUGGUUGCAUAGGAUCGGAAGGUUGAUCAAUAGAAAUAUUAAUGAAUUUAUUUGCAAUGGUUUGAGAAAUUACGAGUUGAAUUUUCCAGACUUUAUGGAAGAUUCUGAUGUUGUCGAUUCACCGUAUGCUAGUUAUAGGAGCAGAUAUGACAGUCAAUCUUUGAAAUCAUUCAUGAACUGUUUCAAGAAGGGAUACUUUUCAGGAGUGAGCUCUCUCGUUUUACGUGCAAAAGAUAUCAAAGCAUUACUGAAAGACAAUGUGUUGGGUGGCACAAAUUUGAAAACAGUUAUCAUGAGUGGUAUUGAUGAUGCUAUAUUCUCAAAAUGUCUUUCAAUUUUUAAAAAUUACUCGGGAGGUAUUACAUCACUUGUAUUUGAUAAUUGUGAGUUUGGAAAGCACUUUGUUCCUACCUUAAAUAAUGAAAUAUUCAGAGACUUGACAAGUUUGGAAAUUAAUAAGUCAAUUAUUGCAGGAAUUCAAAAUGAUCAAAAUAUUCAUGAAAAAUCACUUGUGAAACAACUAGAAAAAGUCACAAUCACGCAUUGCUUUCCUCAAAAGGAAUUUAUUAUGGGAAUGGAAGAAUCUAGCGCUGUUUUCAAACUGCUAAACAAUGCCAUCUUUUCAAAUGUGAAAUAUUUAAAUUUGAAAGGGUCUUGUAUUAAUUCGGAGGUUUUGACCUCUCUUUCAAAUAGUGAACAUAUGACCAAGUUGAUUUAUUUGAAUUUGUCCUCUACCUGCCGAAUGGCUUGGGACUGUAUUAUAUUGUCUGCUGGUAGUAGCCUUACCAAUCUGAAGGAACUAGCAUUGGAGAACAAUAACAUAUCACUUUCAGGAAUGUCAACUAUACUUAAUAGCAAGCAGUUAUCAAAUCUUAGAAAACUUUCAAUUAGUCCUGCUGAUUUCCUACUCGACAUAUAUGAAAAGGCCACUCCUAACGCGAAUAUUGAGACACUUAUUCUUUCAAGAUCAACAUUUAGCUUGGAAUUAUUCGAGAUGAUUAAUAUUAAAUCAUUGAAGCACCUAGAUCUUAGCAGUACCUCUCUCAACGAUGGCCAUUUACAACUCAUUUCAUCGAGUAUCUAUUUAUCAAAUUUGACAAGUUUAAAUUUGGAUUAUAAUAAUUUAUCUGACACGGGAAUUAUUGAUUUUGCGAAUAGUUCAAUACUAUCUAAUCUUGAAAUAAUAAGUAUUAGAGACAAUUUAAUCAUCUUCAUUGAUCCAAUUGAAGUUCUUCAAUCAAAGAUUCCCUCUCUCAAGAAAAUUUUGAUCUAG